AUGAUUCAAAACGAUUCCAUAUCACUCAAUCGUUUAACAAAAACAAUUAAAUAUGAUGCCUAUUUAUUCUACAUAGCCAUUGCGUUCAUUGGUUUAGGUUCAAUUAGUUUACCGUUGACAGGUCUCUCACUUCAUUCGGCUAUUAAUCGUUUAAAAUCGUUGAUAUUUCCAAUGGUUGUCAUUCUCAUUGUUUGUUUAAUCAUGAAUCUAUUUGCAUCGAUUAUUGCUUUUCUUUAUUUUUACAUUAUCGUUCCUCAAUUAAAAUAUUUGAUGUUAGACACACUCAACAAUCAUUAUUAUGUUGGAGCAGAAAACAAUUCUUCGUCCUUUUUAUUCUUAUCAUCAUCGCCGUUUCAACCCUAUUCAGCUAUAGAAGCACUAGAUUAUUUCCAAGACAAAUAUCAAUGUUGUGGAAUUAAUUCAAAACAAGAUUAUCCUUCAUUAUUGAUGACUACUAAACUUACAUUACCAUUGUCUUGUUGUCGUAGAACAUCAACACCAUUACUAUCAAAUAGUCGAGAUUGUUGGAAUCAAACAAGUGGAGAUGAUGAUAGUAUCAAUGUAAAUGGAUGUUAUCCAAUUAUUCAUAAAUAUUUAACUUUUGAAAUAUGGACAAUUGUUGGUAUUGCUCUUACGUGUGCGAUAUUACAAUUUAUUGCCAUCGUUUUAUUACUUAAAAUUUAUCGUGAUAAUAAAAGUCCAAAAUUUAUUAUUAAUCAUAAUGGUAAUAAUCAUCAACCGAAUACAAAAUCAAUGGAAACAAUUGAAGAUACUGUUGAAAUUACUCAGAUAUAA